GCAAAAGUUUAGCUUUUGGCGCCGACGUUCGCCCAGUUCGGUUACUCGCUUUUUAUCAAUAAGACAAACGAUGAUCUCCAAUAAUUUAUUAUCAUUGUGUUACCUUACUUUGUUAACCUUAGUUCGACGGUCUGCGGCCGCACCGGUUUCCCAACCUGCCUAUCCCACGGGAGACUACGCCGGGAUUCAAUCGCUACUACCCCAACAAGAACAAAGCCAACCGCUGUAUAUAAGUAUACCUCGUACGCCAACACCGCAACCGGCUGUUUACAAUGCAGCAGCCCCUGCUUACACACCACCAACACAACUCGUCCCUCAAUUGCUGUUACCCACAAACGUUGAUAGACAAAUUCAACGAGUAGCAAAUAAAAUUGCGGGACCUGGUUAUGCGGACACCCUCUCAGUUCAACAACAACAAGGACUUGCAAAUCAAGUACAAGCAACAGCCGAAAGAAGAGCAGCUUGGCAAGCAAGUAGACAACGACAAGCUAUAGUAGCAGCAAACGAAGCAAUCGCAAGGGCAACGCAAGAAAGAGAAGGCGGUGGAUACGCAGCUGCGCAAACACCGAACCAGUAUCAAGUCGAAUAUCAACCGCAAUAUGUGUAUCAACCUGAACCUCAAGCUCAAUAUCAAGUUCAAACUUCCGUUAAACCACCCAAACAGUAUCAACCACAAAUUUAUCCAGCUCAAGCAAGAUCAAAUGGUAAACAAGCUGAAGAGGAGGAGCAAUAUGAUGAUGCGAAUUCUUCGUAUAAAUUUGGCUUUGACGUAACGGAUGAUGAAAACACUAACUACCAUAACAGACAGGAACAACGUGACGGUAAGAAGAUUUCGGGCAGUUAUUCAGUUGUAGAUUCAGACGGGUUCAUUAGAACUGUUACUUAUACUGCAGAUCCGGAGGAAGGAUUCAAAGCAGAGGUUGUUAGAAAACCAACUGAUAUUGUGGUAAAAAUUCCUAAACCAACACCACCACCAAAAGACCAAUACGUUCAGGUGCCAAAAAAUUUGUAUCAAUACGAAUAAAAUAGACAAAAAAAAUGUGUAGGAUGUAACAAAAAUAGUAAAACGAUGUACAUCUUUAUCAGCGUAUGUGUGUUGUGUAUUUAAGGAUAAUUGUUUAAUAAUUUUAUAAAACAAAUAAUUACGUAGCGUAAUUUAGCUGAAUAAAAAAAAAAGAUUUUCUAAAUAGAUUAAUGGUUGUUAUUUUACGCGAAAUUCAUCACCUCUUGCGGACAACGAAAAAUACAUUGCAGCAGUUCAUAAUUUAGCACAAACUGCUGCGUAAUUAGCGUUUAUUACAUACGCUGUGGAACAUUCAAAUUAAAACCAUCUGAUAAUGGUCGUCUAUUGAUAAAAUAGUUUCCCGCUGGUGGAUAUUUACGGACAAACAUACAUUUUUGGACGUUUAGGAACCGGAUUCGAAACCACAAAUCGCGAGUGUUGACGAUUACACGUGUUUGUACAUUUACUGAUUACAUUAAAUGUGACAUCAUUUAAUUUGUAAUUUAGAAAUAACAUUGUUUUUUUUUUGAUACAUUGAAAGCAACAGUUCGAUUUUUUUCGUGUUUCUUAUUUUUUCUUACACAUCCCAAUUGAUUUCGUACGUGACAGGAAUCGAAGUUGAACGCCUAUCGGGUCGUUGUUAACCUGCUCGAUGAACCGUCUCGAGCAAAAUCCGCAGAAUCCGGUCUGUGAUU